CGAGGAGGAACGAGGUUGUAGGCCUGUGUAGACCGGCGGUGGCUCAUGACCGACGUGCACGCACCGCAGAAGCAUCCGUUGCGUAACGGAUCGACGGAGAGAGAGAGAGAGAGAGAGAGUGUGAGACGUGGUGGAAAAACAAGAGUACGCCCGAUCAGCGCUUAUCUGCGAUUCACGCGAUAAUUAUUGUGAAGUGCCCCGCGGACGCAGAAUCGGACCGGGACGACUGACCUGGUCCGCGAGCGAAGUGCAAAGGCUCGACCGCAUACACGAUAUAUUGGUUAAGUUAAGCGUUGCGCGGGAUGGUGCAUCACUCCGAAAGAGCUCCGAUCUAGCCCGCGGGAUUCGCGUUUGAGGUACGAGUUGCACAAGUUAAAUUGGAUUGACCAACUACAUAUCUCAAUCAUGUUGCAAAACGUGAAUAAGGAACUGGCCCCUAUAAAAUCACAUUAUUUUCUUUACAAUGCUGCAACGGGGCCAAUGGUACAGUUUUUGCCAACAAUUGGAAAGCAGUUGGGCUUCUCCGCGACGGUGGUCGGUACAAUAUACACAGUAUUACCAAUUUCCGGUCUGAUCGCGAAGCCGCUGUUCGGCAGUCUGGCUGACAAGUUCAGAUUGCACAAAACAUUAUUCUUGAUAUUUGAAGUUAUAUUAGCAGUAGCGUUUUUCUCUAUUUAUUUCAUUCCUGGAAUGGAUAGGAGUGCAAAAGUUAGUCUUAUCUGUGACAAGGAUCUGCCAUACUUGAAGAUUUGUCCGCAGAUAGAAUUCUCAAAAAAAGCGUUAAACGCUGUAAUUGAAAAUUUGCAUAUUGACACUGCCUGCCAGUUGUCUUGUAAAGGAGUAUCUCAGGGUUUUUUAGAGCUCUCUGGCAAAAAUGUAUCUGCAAACAGCACAUUUGAAUUCGGUGUAGGAUUCGAUUUAUAUCAAGACUUAUUUACAAAGAACUGCGUGGACGUAAGGGUGCGCACAUUUCUCGAUGGCACUGCACACGUGCCGGUAUGUGGAGACCGGCUAAGGACUUGGUGCACGGCAAUUUGCCACAAUAACAGUGCGUUCAAUCAUCUUCUGCAGGAGGCGAAGGAUUCGCGAAGUGAUAUGAAACAUUCUACUUAUCAGUUCUAUUUAUUUCUAUGGGCGGCCAUCAUCAGUUGGGUUGGAAUGGCCGUUGUAGUUAGUAUAGCCGAUGCCAUCUGCUUCGAUCUUCUUGGUAACGAAAGAAGAAAAGAUUAUGGGAAACAGAAGAUGUGGGGCAGCAUUGGUUUUGGUAUUUUUGGUAUAAGUGCUGGCUACCUGAUAGAUCUUUCCAGCAAGGGACAAUACGAAAAAGAUUACACUUGUAUAUUUUAUAUUAUGCUAGUGGCUAUGAUCGCCGACAUUGUAGUUUCUGCAACAUUAAAAAAGAAAAAUCCAGAAUGCUCUGCGGACGAGCCGUCGCUAUUUCGGGAACUAUUAAGCGUUAUCAGAGAAGGAAGGGUAUUGGUGUUUGCCUGGUGGUGCGUGGGUGCCGGAAUGUGCACAAGUGUCAUUUGGAACUUUUUGUUCUGGUACAGCGAGGUCCUAACAACCAGCUCUCAUUUCACAUGGAUUAAAACUCUGCAGGGUCUGAUGACUGGUGUUCAGUGUUUCCUAGGAGAAUUACCUUUCAACUUCAUAUCGGGUAGCGUGCUGAAAAAACUUGGUCACGUUAACGUCAUGAGCCUCGUAUUGCUCAUCUAUGCAAUUAGAUUUAUGGCAUAUAGCAUUAUAUCGAAUGCCUGGCUGUUUUUAAUUCUUGAAUUGCUUCACGGACCUUCGUUUGGUCUAUGUUGGCCGACAAUGGUAUCCUAUGGUGACAAAGUGACACCAUCCGGUACAAAAGCCACAAUGCAGGGAUUCAUUGGUGCUGUUUUUGAAGGAAUUGGAGUGGCAAGUGGUAGCUUCAUAUGUGGUUGGUUAAUAGAUUCUUAUGGAGGUGUUGUAGCUUUGAGAACUUUUUCAGUGGGUGCUCUUUUGUGGUUAGGCGGUUUUUGGUUGAUGGAACUUUUCCUAAGGAAAUUGAAAGCCUAUCCGCUAUACCGAGGACAUAAUCAUCUCGCGAAUUAUGCCAAUCCAGACGACGCUAUUCUUAUGACGAUAAGUCAAGAAUUACAAACUUAUUAAUAGAGCAAUUUUUAUACAUAAUUAACAUAAUUUUAUAAUUUAUCAAUACAUUUAUAUUGAUAAAUCAAUGAAAGUGUUACAUUGUACGAUUGAAAUUGACAAUUGAUUUUUCACUGCAUUUCAAAGAAAUAAUUGUCUUUCAUCACAUCGAUAUUUUGACUUUUUAUCAUAUUCAAAAGAAAUUCAGUAUUAUAUAUAUAUCAUCAUAUAAAUAUGAAAAAAAUGUGUAAAUUAUAUCGCAUCGUCAUUGUAAUAUAUACUUUUUUAGAACUA